UUUCCCAUGAAGGCAUCGCGUUGCUCGGCUGCCAUGUUGUUGUUGUUGUUUUUUCAUGCAAGCAGCGGGCGGUGGUGCGUUUGUGGCUGCUCGGCUCCUCUGUGACGGACAGUUUCUAAAUGGAACUCCUCGCUCUACUCGCUCCAUCGCCCACAUAUAAUACGCGUUCAUAGUCACCGGAUAACAAGGAGAGGGAGAGAGAGAGAAACAAGAGAAAAUAGUCUGGCCGGGCCAAGAUGGUGGACCGCCUGGCCAACAGCGAGGCCAACUCCAAGCGCAUCACGGUGGUGGAGGGUUGCUUCGGGGCGGCGGGCCAGCCCCUGGCCAUCCCGGGCCGCGUGCUGAUCGGUGAAGGCGUCCUGACCAAGCUGUGCCGCAAGAAGCCCAAGGCGCGCCAGUUCUUCCUGUUCAACGACAUCCUGGUGUACGGCAACAUCGUGCUGCAGAAGAAGAAGUACAACAAGCAGCACAUCAUCCCGCUGGAGAGCGUCACCAUCGACACGGUGCCCGACGAGGGCGAGCUGCGCAACGGCUGGCUCAUCAAGACGCCCACGAAGUCCUUCGCCGUCUACGCCGCCACUGCCACCGAGAAGUCCGAGUGGAUGAACCACAUCGGCAAGUGCGUCCAGGAGCUGCUCCAGAAGAGCGGCAAGGCGCCGGCCGGCGAGCACGCCGCCGUCUGGGUGCCCGACUCGGAGGCCGCCGUGUGCAUGCGCUGCCAGAAGGUCAAGUUCACGCCCGUCAGCCGCCGCCACCACUGCCGCAAGUGCGGCUUCGUGGUGUGCGGGCCCUGCUCCGAGAAGAAGUACCUGCUGCCCAGCCAGUCCUCCAAGCCCGUGCGCGUCUGCCAGUUCUGCUACGGCCAGCUGGUGGCCGGCGUCCGCUCCGACUCGGUCGGGCGCCCCGGGGACUUCCGGGACGCGUCGGACGACGACGACGAGGACGACGACAGCAGCGACUGAGGGGGGACGUGCCCGAGCGUUCCCGCGAUGGCCAUUGAACUGAGCUGCUUCUCUUCACAAACACGCGUUACCGCCACACGACACUGAGAUCCACUUACUAAGGUAAAAAUGAACUCAAAUACUACAAGAAUAAAGGCCUAUAACUUCGAGAAAAAGUAGUCAUUUUUGUUUUGUUUUCAAGAAAGGCUCAUCAAUUUUUUUCAGGAUUUUAUGGGAAAAUCAGAUGUUUUUUUUUUUUUUUAGAUCUUUUUUUUCCAAGAAAAGUAGGAUUUAUAGUCAUUUAAAAAAUAAAAUAAAAUCUUUCAAGGAAGUCAUGUUUUAGGGAGAGGUUUUUCAAGGACAAAAAGUGCAAUUACUUUUUUCCUCUGCAAAGAGUUUAAAAAAAAAUAAUUAUUUUAGUGGUUUUUUUUUUUUUUUAGUUUUUUGGUUGUUUGGGGGUGGGUUUGAGCAACAUUUCUAUUAAUUAAUUAUUCUAAAAGUAAAAAAAAAAAAAAAAAAAAAAAAAAAGAUUCAAGAAAAUAUUUUGGGAAAAGUUGAAUAUUACCCCCAAAUACAUUCCAAGAAAAACAAUUCCAUGAAUUCAGAUUUUUUUCAAGUCUUCAAUUAAUUUCAAGAAAGUCAUAUAUUUUCAAGACAAGUUGUAGUUUCAAGUAAAAUAAAGCAGAUUUCAACUUGUUCUCCUUUGUCUGAGAAAAUGACUUUUGAAAAAUAUUUUUGAAAUCGGAUGUCUUUUCAAUUUUUCUUUAUUUUAUAUCAAGAAAGUUGCUUAAUUGAGAAUUGUUUUUCAAGGAAAAUUUGGUAUUUCUAGUUAAGUAUUUUUGGAAAUAAAUACUCAAAUGUUUUUGAAAAUAAAACCAAUUAUUAUUUUUAAUUCACACAUGAAAAGUUAGAUUUUGUUCAAGAAUCAGAUUGUUUCAAGAAAAAGUAUUUUCAAAAGUAAAUUUUUUUUUGUUCCCAUAAAUUUAAGACAAUUGUUUUCCUAGAAGAAAAGUCUUAAAAUAUUAUUUUCAAGAAAGUCGUAUAUUUUUGGGGAUUUCUUUUUCACAAGAAAAAAACAUUGAAAAAAGUAAGUAAAAGUAAAAAAUGUGAUAUAGCUAACUUGUUUUUAGGAUUUAAAGUUGAGGAAAAAAACGGUCAAUUUUAUUUCUUUAUGAAAGACUACUUUUUGGGAAGUCUUUUAACUCAGUAAUUUUUUUCCCAAGACAAUUUCAUUGAAUCGUUUUGAGAAAGUUUGUUUUUCAGGGGAAAGAAAUAUGUUUGAGUUUCUUUUCAAGUCAUUUUUUAAUCGAAAAAGUACUAUUGUGAAAAAUCUGAAAGUCUUGAUCUAUUUCUCGAAUCGAUACCUUUUUCUUGUAGUAAAGAUAUUUUUGGAUUUUGUAGUAUUUUCUAUAUUUUCUCUGUAAGAUGACGACGAUGAUGUGAUCAUGGUGUGGCUGCUUCCGACAACUCAAGUGGCAAACGCACACGCGUGUGCCUCCACUUUGUCACCUUAGUGCCUUGUACAGCACACUAAACGCCUCCCCCCACUCUGGUAAAAAAAAUAACAAAAUUUGGUGCUUGUUAAACGUCAUCUUGGCAACAGUUGCCAUGGUAACUGCAAUUAUUUUUUGUUUAAGAUGGCGAACGCAAAAGCUUUUUGUCUAUUGAAGGCAUCUAAUUGAAUGACUAAUCAAAACUAAUGUACAUAAUUUGUGUUCAAAUAUGAAUUUUUUUCACUCACCUGUCGAUGUUGUGAGUAUUUGAGGAUGUCUUUUUAGAGGUAAAUUUUAAAUUCACAUACAUAUUAAAUUAUGACUUUUUUUCUUGUUAAAAUUCAACUGUAGUCUCAGAAGUUUUUUUUUUUCUUUAUAAAUCCGACUCAGAAGAUUGAUACGAGACAACUUUAAUUUUGUAAAAUUACAACUAAUAUCUUGGGGGGGGGGGGGGGGGGGGGGGGAAGCCUUUAGUUUUAUAGGAUUACGACUUAAAAAAAAAAAGAGUACAAUUCGCCUUUGAAUAUUAUGAAUUUUUUAUUAAAAAAAGACUCCUCAGAUGACAUUUUUUUCCCCCACAAAAAUAACUUUAUUUGCAUGAAAUUACAGCAUUACUGUUUUUGUGAUGUGACACACAGUAAAAAAAAAAUUAUAAAAUAAAAGGCUUUUUCCUUGGAAGAAAAAUAAAAAAAUUUUAGUUUCUGGUUACAUCUUUUCCGAAACAAAGUGGGACUAUUCUCAUGAUAAUAACAAAAUACUAUUUUCUUAUAAUUACAAUUUUAAAAAAACAAAGCAUAUUCUCAUAAGAUUGAAACUUUAUUCUUGUAAGAUUACUAUUUUGUUUUUGAAGUUUUUUUUGUUUAAAAAAAUUCAAAUUUUAUACUAAAUACAAAAAAAAAAAAAAGUUACUCAUAAAUUUACGACUUGAAAAAAUACCUUAUUCUCAUAAAAUUCAGAUUUUUAAGGUUACAAUUAUUUUCAAAAAAAAUGUAACUUCUCAGGAAAUCACUACUUCUUUAAAUAAAAAAGACCACUCAUUAAAUUAGGACUUUUUAAACAAUAACUGUGAUGACACAUUUUCAGAUGAUGGCUUUUUUACUCUUAAAAAGACUCAACUUCCGUCUCUUAAAAUAACUUUUUUUUUUCUCUCUCUCUCGAAAGUACGACCUUUUUCACAUGAGACAGAUCUUGGAGGGGAAAAAAAAGGAGCUUUAUUUUCUUAAAAUAAUUUCUUUCGGGGGAAAAAGUCUGAAAUUGUUGAAAAAUGAUGUAAGAUGUUUUAAAAAGUUAUUUAAUAAGACUUAUUGUAGCAGAAUUUGUCUGUUUUUUUUCUCCCUGAUGUGAUUCUAAUAGUUGUCCGUUUGUGGCACUCAUAUAAAAUGAGUGAAGUUUGAAAGCAGCUGAAGGGAUUUUUUUGUUUUUGUUUUAAACAAAUUCAAUGAUGAGGUAGACCUUGGUGAUCUUUUGAUGUCACGGCCGCUACAUGCUUUUUAAUUACUCCUGUGUUGAUUUUCUAGAAACGUUAUUUUUGUCUGUUGUCCGUCCGAAAAAAAGGGCUGUGAUGAUACCAGCUGUAAUCCGUUUGUAAAUGAGUGCUUUUAUGAUAUUUUUUAAUAUUGAUAGUAUUGCAAAAGUUGAUACACUAACUUGCUGUUGUGCUUCCUGAAUGCUGCACCAAUGAAAUGUCACCUUGCUUCGCCUCCCAAGCCACAAAAGCUUUGGAGAUUCAUAACAUGGCUGAUUUUCCUUGGAAUUAUGUUUUCGUCUUUUUCAUGUCGUUUAAAGGUGUCUAAAAAAAGGGCUUCAAUCAGAAUGUAAAAUCAGAUUAAUGAAUGAUGAUCACUAGUUUAUUAAUUCUUGUACGAGUGAGCAAGUGUUCUCAUCCUCUCCACUUGGUUUUUUAAAAGAAAAACUCAAAACUAAA